UCUCUCUCUCACACACACACACCGCUCCCUGCGGGCCAGGGCGCGUGGGCUUUGUAAUAACGAGCGGUUAAUACCAGCACCACCUGCGAUCAUGUUACUGCCGCAUUGACAGCUGUGCUACACAGAAUGAGGCAGGAUGCGGGCUUCCCUGUAGAUGCACAAACACGCACGCACUCACGUGCACUUUACGGUAAUUUCACAGCCGUCGGGAGGGAAAAAAAAAGAUUGCCCUCACACAGAGGGCUAUUUCACGCCGACAGAUACGGCUAAUGGUUGGGCGGUGAAGCUGUGAAUGGCAGCGGUCUGAUCACUGAUCGUCGUUGGACGGACGAGGAGCCGCUGCAGAAGCCGCCGCUCAAACAUCUUUCUUCUCCACGCCCUGCUGUCAUCAGCGACACUGUUGUUUGUAUUAUUGACAACAUUAGUAGCUGCCGAGCAGCACCAUGACCCCACCAGCGUCGGCUGCAGCAACAGCGAGUGAAAGCAGCACUACUACUGUUUUUGAAGAAGACACCAGGGAGGAGCAACGACCACUGAAGCAGUCCCUGAGCAAGUCCCUGUGUCGGGAGAGUUUCUGGAAAUGUCUGCUCUUGUCUGUUCUAAUGUACGGCUGCAUGGGAGCCAUGGUGUGGUGUCAUGUCACCAAGGUCACCCGCCUCACCUUUGACAGUGCCUUCAAAGGGAAGUCCAUGAUGUACCAUGACACCCCGUGCUCUGACGGCUACAUCUACAUCCCUCUGGCCCUACUGGGCAUGCUCUAUUUGGUCUACCUGGUGGAGUGCUGGCACUGCCAUGUGAAGAAUGAGCUACAGCACAAGGUGGACGUGGAAGGCAUCUCUGAGCGCAUCCAGAGGAUGCAGCAAGCCAAGCCCUGCAUUUGGUGGAAGGCCAUAAGCUACCACUAUGUUCGACGAACACGCCAGGUCACACGCUACCGUAACGGGGACCCUUACACGAGUACCCAGGUGUACCACGAACGCGUCAACACCCAUGUUGCAGAGGCCGAAUUUGAUUACAGCCACUGUGGAGUGAAGGAUGUUUCCAAGCAGCUGCUGGGUCUGGAGAAGUCGGCCCUGACAAAGAUGCGCUUCACCAAGUGUUUUAGUUUUGCCAAUGUGGAGUCUGAGAAUUCCUACCUCACACAGAGAGCAAGGUUUUUCACCGACAACGAGGGCCUCGAUGACUACAUGGAGGCAAGGGAGGGCAUGCACCUGAAGAACAUUGACCUCAAGGAGUACAUCCUGGUGCUGUCUGACCCUGACCGUCCACCCUGGUACCUGUCCCACUACGUCUUCUGGUUUGCGUCGUUCCUCACCUUCUCCUGGCCUCUCAGAGUCUUCACUGAGUACCGCACCGCGUACCUUCACUAUCGCGUAGAGAAGCUCUUUGGCCACGAUUACCUCCCCGUGACGCCGUGCGAUGAGCGGCCAUAUUGGCGCCGUAUUCCACGAGUGAACACCAUUGACAGUACUGAGCUGGAGUGGCACAUUCGAUCCAAUCAGCAGCUGGUGCCCAGUUAUUCAGAGGCCGGCCUAAUGGACCUAGCCCAGUGUCCGUCCAGUUUCAGUGGCGUUCGUCAGAAUUGUGAGCGUUGCCAUCGUGCCAUCAGCUGUUCCUCUGUGUUCUCCAGAAGUGCUCUCAGCAUCUGCACUGGUGCCAGCUCCCGGAUCCCCUUCAGCGGCAGCCGCUUCUCCCUGGCUCGCCGCUACGGAUCCCAGCGGAGCUGCUUCUGGAGGAGUGGCAGUCUGGAUGACCAAGAGAGUCCCAGUGAAAACACCCGCUGUUUAUCGCAGCGCCUCAACACAGAUGAGGAGGAACCUCCAGACUAUGAAGAUGCACUUUGCUACCCUGUGCUAAUUGUUCACUGCAGCGAGAACUGUCACAGCCACAGGUCGUUCCACAGACACAGCUCCUGUGUGGAGACCUCUCUAUGACUCUGUCUGUCACGGACAAAACUCAGUGGUAUCUCUGUAGCAUAAAAAAAAACUGAUGGCGGGUGAAAACACAUUUGAAUUGGUGAUGCACAGACUUAUGCUGUUAUUCUUUGUUGUGUGAAACGGUUGCCUAACGUCUGAAUGUUUGGGUUGCACCAAAGCAAUAGCAAUAACUAAUGAGAGUAAUACAGUAUGUGAUGGUACUACUGUAGGACACAAAAGACACAAAACAUCAGUUUGCUUCCAGUGAAACUCAAGACUGUUAUACUGUAUGUCAUUGCCAUAGCUUUUAGGAUCUCAUGUGUUCAGUCUGUAUGAAACUGAAACUGCAGUUACCUCAGAAAACCUCAACACGGACCAGUGGGACUGCUAAAAUGUCCAAAUACCAAACCACAAGAAUUGACCCUGAGCAACAAGGUCAAGCAAUUUGGAAUCAAUUUUUUGUGUGGAUUUCAAGUAUUAAAAUAUAUAUUUGUAUUGAUAAUUACAAAAUAAAUUCACCAUACUCAAUUAGAAAAAGAAAAUGCAUAUAAACACAAGACUAUAUUGUAUAGUUUUACUGUGACACAGUUUUAGUUUAAUUUUGUCCCACACAAAAUGACAGUGUUGUUGUUGUUUCUCUGCAUGGUGGUUCGUUAUGUGUAGUAUGGUGGAAAUGUUUUUUUAUUAUUAUGUCUCAGCAAGCAAAAUUACUAUGUAACUUUGUUUACAGUCAACUGUUGACGCUAUGUAGCAGUACCAUACAGCGACAUCUGUGUCCUUAUAGAGAUGAUAGAUCUGCCGAAUCUUGGUCUUUUUUGAAAGAACAAAUCUUAAGAGAAUCUGAUGAGAGUGGUGCUGAAGUUCAGUUUUUUAAAAACUUCUUCUAUGCUGAUUUUACCGUAUAAACUUAUAGGGUGACACAAGCCUGACGUACGGAUGCUGGCAUUUACUGAACACAGGGCUACCAGUUGAGUUACCUGAAAAAAAGCUCACUGAAUAAAACAUAUGCUGGUUUAUGUCUGCUAUAUCUACUAUUACAUAUUCUUCUGUUAUCAAAAGACAGCUGAAAUAUAGAGUUUGUGUGAAACAACAAACUGUCUGAGCCAUAUUUAUUAAUCUGCUUUAAUUAGUUACAACACAGAUUAACUCAGUAUAUGUAAUACUGCUUCUUUUACUAUUAUUAUUUUUUUCAAUAUUUAAUAAACAUGUAGAUU